AUGUCGGCCCGACCCUCCUCGCAAAGAAGCGGCGCAGACUGUGAUAGCCGAACGGACAUUGCUGUUGUGGGAAUGUCAUGCCGUCUCUCCGGAACUGCCACUAACCCGGAGCGCUUAUGGCAAAUGCUGUCAAGGGGUCAGUCAGGAUGGUCAAGCAAUGCCAGCAACCGCUUUCGAAUGGACGCGUUCUGGCACCCGCAGGCUGAUUCUAACGGUUCGUUCAACACACGUGGAUUCCAUCUGAUCAAGCAAGACCCCGCGUUGUUCGACAAUGCCUUCUUUGGAAUCAACCAUCUUGAGGCGAAAGCCAUUGAUCCUCAGCAAAGAAUGCUGCUUGAAGUUGCGUAUGAAGCAUUCGAGAGCGCGGGAUACCCUAUAGAGUGCCUUCACGGAUCAGAUACUGGAGUAUACUGCGCCGUCUCAAACCACGAUUACGAAAAGAUUUUGGGUAGGGAUCCAGAGAUAUCCCCAGGCUACCGAUUUACUGGCACUGGAAUUGCACUCGUUGCCAAUCGUAUUUCUUACAUAUUUGAUUUGCAUGGGCCAAGCAUCACCCUUGAUACGGCAUGUUCGAGUGGACUUGUUGGAACCCAUGAAGCUUGCAAAGCCAUCAGGGCUGGAGAGAUAACUCAGGCAUUAGUGGGCGGCACGAACUUGAUUCUUGAUCCAGACCAGGUCACUGUCAUGUCUUCGAUGCAGUAA